GCAUAGACCUACCGAAUAAGUUCGCCAGUACAAAUUUGAAGUCACCACCGUGUGUUGUUCACUGUCUCAGGGUCAAGGCUGUGAAUUAUGAUACAACAUCCCUAUAAAUGCUCAUAUAAUUGAUCAAAUUUUAGUUGCUCGAGUUUCAAAGUGUUUUCAUAGAAAAAAAUUUCGAUUUUCCAAUAAUUCUCAUAGAUUUUUAUCGACCAAUGGCAGGGUAUACGAGAGCAUCUUUGAAGUUGGUGUCGACUGUUUUGACACCUGCAGCACGACGCUGGCAGAGUAGCGCGUCUCAAGCCGCGCAGAGAACGCGCGUCCACUUGGAGGGCGUUUUUUCGGCCGUUGCUGUCCCAUUCACCGGCAACGGUGAUGUCGACUUGCCCAAAUUCGAAAGGAACUUUGAUAAAUGGGAGCGAGAUGCUACACUUAGUGGCUACGCAGUGGGUGGUUCGAAUGGAGAGGUGAACACUUUGAGCCCAAGUGAGCGAAUUAGUUUGGUUGCUGCUGCGCGUAGGAGAGUUGCUGCCAACAAAAUUAUCAUUGGCGGAGCCACUGCUGAAUGUAAGAACACUCAACCAUAUCAAAACUAAUUUGUCGGUUGAUUU